GAAAGAAGGAAUCCGAGCCAGCGCCCCAGGAUACACAAAUAACGAAUUGGGGCAGCCUAUAUAAAGACAGAUGGUCCUCAUUAACUGCGCCUGCUGCGCUGCCCCGCUCCCACACCCGGCGAAGCAAUGCAGCCGCUGCAAGACGCUCUACUGCUCGCCGACCUGCCAGAAACAGCACUGGGAGCAAGGCGGCCACGACAAGCUCUGUAGGAAGAUCAGAAAAGGAGGCGGCGCCGAACAGUAUCACGCCGAUACCAAAUUUAAGGAGGCCGUGACGGUCGCGGCGGAGGCGUGUAAGGAGGACGCGAAGGGCCAGACGUGCUACAUCUGUGGCGACGACAAAGAAGGCCUCGUGCGCAUGUGCGCGUGCCGCGGGACGGCGGGCUUCGCGCACGUGUCGUGCCUGAUGGAGCAAGCGAAGAUUUUGAUGGACGAGGUCGAGGAGAACAAUUUGGACGACAGAGCGUUGGAGAAGAGGUGGGAGCGGUGGCACAAGUGCGGCCAGUGCGAGCAAAAUUACCACGGCAUCGUGGCAUGUGCGCUUGGGUGGGCGUGCUGGAAGACGUACUUGGGGCGGUCGGAGACGGACCAAAUCCGGUUGUCCGCAACCCGGCUGCUCGGGAACGUGUUAUUCGAUGCGGGCGACCACGAGGACGCGCUACUCGCGAGACAAGCCGAGUUGUCUCUGAUGAAGCGCGUCGGCGCGCCGGGAGACCACAUGCUUAGGGUGCAAACGCGCGUUGGGUACUCGUAUAAUGCUCUUGGACGGCAUGAAGAGGGCCUGCCCCUGCAACGAGACGUGUACUCUGGACGGUUGAAGCUCCACGGCGAGAACCAUCAAGAGACCAUUUGGUCCGCAGGCUACCUUGCGAAUAGCCUGUACAGAACACGGCGCUUCGACGAAGGCAAGGCGCUGCUGCGCAAGGUGAUUCCCGUCGCGCGGCGCGUCCUCGGCAAAGGCAACAUCGACGUGAUCCGGCUGCGGUGGAGCUACGGGCUCUUUCUCUACCGGGCCCCCGACGCCACGCUCGACGACAUUCGCGAGGCCGUGGCAACGAUGGAGGAGACAUAUGGGACCGUGCGGCGCGCGUUCGGGGCCGAGCACUCGUACACAAGGGAGAUGGACCCGAAAGACAUCCGCUUCGCGCAGGCCGAGCUGAGGGCCCGCGAGGGCAAGUGGCGGGGGAUCAGUGAGGCGCUGGGGUACGUCAUGGACCCGGAGGAUCCUGCCGUUCGACGGCGUACGUCGUUCAAGUUCAACUUUAAGCUUCUAUAACUUGAACUUGAACAAUCUCCCCGCCGCGCGACCGCACACCCUCA